AUGACCGUGCUGCUGCUGAAUGAUACGCAGGAUAAUGGAGUUACUUCCCUGAGAGACCCAAUGUCAGGCCGCAGGGUUGGCUUCUGUCUCAGCGAGAAGAAGCGCAGGAGGAUGAACCUGGACGCCUUUGCAGAGUUCUGUGCGGGCCAUGGAGUGGAAGUGGUUAAGAUUGACCUCACUCAGCCGCUGGUACCCCAGGGACCCUUCGACGUCAUCAUUCACAAGCUGUCUGAUGUUAUCGUGGAGGCAGAGCAUGACAGCCAAUCGCAGCAGCUCCUUGCCAACUUCCAGAACUACGUGUCAGCUCAUCCAAGUACAGCUCUUCUGGACCCUCUGCCUGCCAUGACACAGCUAUUAGACCGCUUUGCCUCUUAUCGGAUCAUGAGCAAACUGCACAAUUCCCUCCGAGACUGGCGUAUUUGUAGUCCUCCCUACCUAGAGAUCUACAGUGCCACUGACCUGUCGUCCAUUCACCAGGCUGUGAUGAGCCAGGGCCUGAGCUUCCCUCUUAUUUGUAAAACCAGAGUGGCGCAUGGCUCACUUUCCCAUGAGAUGUCUCUGAUCUUUAGUGUGGGGAGUCUGGCUGAUGUCCAUCCUCCCUGUGUCCUCCAGAGCUUUGUCAACCACGGAGCUAUUCUGCAUAAGGUGUUUGUGGUAGGAGACAGACACUUCUGUGUAGAGAGGCCAUCACUGAAGAACUUCCCCUCUGGUCCCUGUGACAGGAAGACCAUCUUCUUCAACAGUCAUCAGGUGUCAAAACCAGAGUCCAGCUCUGAUCUCACUUCUCUGGACGAGCAGAUGCCUCGCCUGCCUCUUCCAAGCUCCGAGGCCGUGGCCGCCCUGGCCCGAGAGCUCCGAGCUCAGCUGGGCAUGGCUCUGUUCGGAGUGGAUGUCAUCAUCAACAUACACACACACACCCUCAGUGUCAUCGACAUCAACAUCUUCCCAGGCUACGAAGGAGUGCCCCAGUUUUUCUCCUCUCUGCUCAGCCACAUAGAGUCAGUGCUGGACAAACAGACCUCUGCUGGCCCUCAGGCUACUGGCUCUCUUGAGUCAACACACACUACAGGUGGUCCAUCUGCUGUAUGA